ACGCGUCACUUUUAAGUGUUGGGUUUGAAAUAAUUAUUGAUGUUUUUCAUAACAUAAUAUUUUGCUGAUUUUUGUUCCUCCAUAAUUGAAACUAUUAAACAUUUAGAGCAGAAGUGUCAGCAAAUAAUCACUGGGUGUAUUGAGACAAUAUAGUGAUGAAAUAUGCUCAUUUUUGUUGAUUGAAGUUAGCGAAAAUUUCCUAUCGAAUGAGAAAAAUAGGAAGCAAGGUUGCACUUUUGCUAAGUGAUCCCUCAAAAUACAAGAGCAACAACAACAGCUUAUGUUAAAAAUAAGUUAUGAAGAAGAGCUUCGGAGGGUGGACGUAAUGAAUGUAUUGGUGUGAACGAAAACUGAUCAAUGCAAGAUUGAGUAGUGUUAGUGUCAAGUAUCAUUCUAUGUUUAUGUUGAAACAAAAGUGAAUUAAAUUAUUCGAAACCAAUUCCUAUAAAAAGGAGAAAAAAAUAUGUGUGCAAAUGCUGUUUUAUCGUCCGUCAUAUUUUGAUCGAGUUUUGAACUAUGCAAUUUGUCCAUGUUUGAUGAAAUCACGGAAUAUUUGGAGAAAAAUUGUGUGCACGGAAAGGCAGGAUAUAUGCGAGCGGGCAGCAUAAUGAUAUGAAAAUAAUAGCAAAUUGGAGAUUCAACGAAAUAUGAAAAAUGGUGAUAUAGUGCGUUUUCAAAAUUUAUACCAGGGGGAGUUCUAUUUUCAACCAAGAUUGGUUGAUUUGAAUUGAACAGAAGUAAAGUUGCACAGAAAUAAAAUGCUCAUCUGAAAAGGUGAAAACAAAUUGAUGCCAAUGGAACGGAAAUAGGAUACCGCUCCCGAGAUGGUAGAGGAAGAAUAAAAUCGUGGAUAUAUGUUCUUCCGUCAUUUUGUUCCUUUAUCGAAAUAUUGGGUUAGAUCGUACUUAUUAGAGGAAGGAUAAUAAAUUUCAACAACAUUGCGAAUAGUGACAAAAUUGUUUAAAAUGGUCGUACUGACCCAAGGGCCGGGGCCCUUCGUCUCCCGCCGUGUCGUUUGUGAAAGCUAUGCUGUCAAUGUGACUUCGGAGUAUAAUAAUCAAAUUUUCACUUUGUCUACAAUCGACAUUGAAGGUUUAACUAAACGACUACUGAGCAGUGUAUUCAACUUCUGGCUAGUAUGCUUUGCUUUUUCUUCGUCAUUGUUUUUAAACUUUAGCGAAGAAAAACUAUCGUCAUUCGAGGGCCCGCAAGCAGCGAAGGCCCUUUUUGCUCCCUCUGCAUGGAUUCAAUGAAACGUAGCGAGGCGAGCACCGGCCACCACCAAAGCAAGGUGGUUUUAACGAACCAAGGAACAGAUAGCAAUAACAAAGUAAAAAAUAUUAGUGGUAGCAAUUUGAACAAUAAUUCGGUUAAUAAUAAGCAACAUCAAUCGGCUUCAUUGAAUCCCAGUCAAGCGCUGGUAGUACAAGCUCCACCGCUCACUCACACGCCUACAUCAUCAACAGCGGUAGCCAGUGAUAUACAUAAAGACGCUAAUUUCGAGUACGACGAUAACGAGUGGGAUAUUGGUAUUGGCGACCUAAUCAUUGAUCUGGAUGCAGAUAUUGAAAAAUCGUCUGUUAGUCAGCAACACAAUCAAACUGGAACCACAACAAUAAGUUCGAGUAAUACACCAUUAUCUACAAAUCAAUCUGCCGCUCUCGGCGCAGCAGUUAAUGUUCCUCCCUUCAUCGGGGGUCAAAAUACUACAGGUUCGAAAAAAACACAUGCUAAAAACACAUCCACUGUAUCGACAAAAAAGAGGAAUUCAACGGAAGUAAAUUCAACAACAAAAGGACCCACUUCUUGUGGCGCGGCAAAAAAUCUAAUACCUAAAGCCGCGUCCGUAAAAGGAGAAAUCACGUCUUCGACGCCAUCUAAACACCAUUCUUGUUCUUCCUCUUCCUCCUCCUCCUCCUCCUCUUCAUUACCAUUUAUUUCCGCGCGUCAUCAUCACCACCAUCACCAUCAUCAUCACCAUCACCACAAAUCAAACAAUCAGGAUUCUGGGAAUCGUAACGUGAUACCGAAGCACUCAGUGCUACUUAAUCAAUUAAACAAAAGCAAACAUUCAAGUUUGUCAUCUCCGAUAUCUUCCUCUGAGAUAUCCACACACAAAAAUUAUCACUCUACUGGUCGUUCGAGCGGAAAUAGCGGUAAUAGUAAUAAUAACGGCAAUAACAGUAGUUCCGAUUUCGACUUGUCAAAGAGCGGCAAAUUGAGCAGCUCAAGCACAAUGUCAUCCGCGACGAGUAGCUCAGGUGGUAAGUCGACCACUAAAUUAGCUGUUGAUCAUCAAGCUACACUUGAUAAAGGACUAAAAAUGAAGAUUAAGCGUACUAAACCUGGUACGAAAACGUCAGAAGCAAAACAUGAGAUCGUAAAGGCAGAACAACAAAAUGGUGCAGGAUUACUGAAUUUACCAAACGCAGACGAAAAUAACAGUAAUAGUAACAGCGGUUCUAAUGCGAGUAACAAAAAACAUUCUUCACAAUCGCAGUCUCAAUCGCAAACGCAAAUCGUUAGUUGCAACAUGUCACAACAGCAACAACAACAGCAGCAGCAGCAGCAGCAGCAGCAACAACAACAACAACAACAACAACAACAGGCGACAAAGCGGGGUAGUAGUGGGCAUCGUCGAGAUAAAACUAAAGAAAAAAUCACUCAUCACAAUCAGCGCGAUAAGAACGAGCACAGCAGUAAUAGUAGUGGUAGUGGUAGUGGAAACAGCGUGCAAUCAGGUGGCGAUCGGGGAUGUAGCUGCGCGCUUGAUAUGCAAUUAAAUGGUGUACAAUCACCAUGUUCCAGCAUAUCAUGCAUACGGAGUAGAACCUCGGAUCAAUCCCCGCUUGCUCAGCGGUUGUCAAACCAAACCAACUUGAGUACAAGUACUUCAAAUAAUUUAUUCAUUUCCAAUUCUAACACGGGUUCUGCGUUGAGCAGUAGCAACAAUACUCCGAAUGCUCCAGGACCACCAUCUACCAAGGAAAUGAAUAAGAUUCCUUCUGCCGCUAUCGUUAAUAAUUCCCAAUUGUCAUCUCUUCAACACUCUACCUCAUCUAGUGGUAGUAGUAGUGACGGAAGUUGUAACAAUACGAGCUCCAGUGCCAGUUCAAGCUCCAGCAACAGCUCCAACAACAGCAGUAUGCUGAACAGUGCACUGAAAUCACAAUUGCAACCCAUAACGACGCCACCAACGAGUUUAUUGAGUGCACUGUCUUCUGGAUCUUUAACUGCAACCAGCACUAAUCUAUCCUCUGGAAAUACUUCACUCACAAGUAAUACGUUGUGUUCAACUGGAGAAUCUAAUUCUACGUUCAUAAAAGAGGAUAUGGGUGGCAAUAGCCCGCCACCAGCCAAACGACAUAAAUGUGAUCCGAAAGAUAUGGUGGAUGUAUGUGUGGGGACGUCCGUAGGAACGAUUACAGAACCAGAAUGCCUCGGUCCAUGCGAACCUGGCACUUCUGUGACCUUAGAGGGUAUUGUUUGGCACGAAACUGAAGGGGGAGUGUUAGUAGUUAAUGUUACCUGGCGGGGUAAAACUUACGUCGGAACUCUAAUAGACUGUACAAAGCAUGACUGGGCGCCACCACGAUUUUGUGAUUCUCCAACAGAAGAGUUUGACUCUCGGACGCCAAAAGGAAGGGGAAAACGUGGCCGCAACUCAGCUUUAUUUCCUGUUAAUGAUCUAAGCAAUUUCACCGAAACUAGAAGCUCUAUGCACAGUAAACUGCGGAAUGGAGGAACAAAAGGCCGGGGAGGUCGCGGUACAACAACGACUGCGGAAAGUAGUUCAACUAAAACAACAACCACCACCACUUCUAGCACAGGUUCAUCGAGUGGUACAAGCACAAGCAUAAGUUCAAAUACUCCCUCUACUUCGCCAGUCGCAUUUUUACCACCUCGAUCUGAGAAGCGGAAAUCUAAAGACGAAUCUCCAUCGCCUGUGAAUGGGAGUAGCGCAGUUACCAGCGGCUCUAAUAGUAGUACCACAGUCAAUACCAGCACUGUAAAUAAUACCAAUGCUAGUAACAGUACGGUAAAUAGUAGCGCAUCGGGCACGCAGAGUGUUGUCAAUCCGAUGACAGGACUGAAUGUUCAAAUUUCUACAAAGAAAUGCAAAAGUUCUGCAUCUCCAUGCGCAAUAUCUCCUGUUCUGUUGGAGUGUCCUGAGCAAGACUGUAGUAAGAAGUAUAAGCAUGCAAAUGGGUUGCGUUAUCAUCAAAGCCACGCACACGGUAGUGUUUCCUCGAUGGAUGAAGAUUCUUCACAUCUACCGGAAUCGCCGCAACGUGUGGCACCUCCAACAACACCCUCACCAUCACCUACAGUCCAGACAGCUAGUAUGCUAUCGAUUCCAACAACUUCAACGUUGACGUCGCCAGCAAUAAGUACAGCACUAUCGCUAACUUCUUCCACGUCAUGCAGUACUCCUCGAAUAACAACAACCACAACAUCAUCAAUCACCGUGCCACAAAAUGCGUGUUUGAAUACAACAACUGCUACUACUACUGUAAGCAGCGCGAUACCCACCAGCUUAACUUGUUCUGUACCGUCGCCAAAUCUUCUAUUGACGGUUGUACCCACUACAACGGCUAUCACGUCCACUCCGUCACAUUCACUGAUAACCACAACAACGACAAUAUCCUCAAUGCCUCAGGUCAGCUCACAACCGGUUGUGACAUCGCCAUCUGUAGCAGGUGGUAGUAUAACCACUGGUAUAGCUGGACAACUGCAGUCUCAAUCAGUUAUUGGAAGUCCAACGUUGCUAGGAACGGCCAUAGGUAAUAAUCCCAACGGGCCAGGCUCAGUAGCACCCAUUUCUUCACAAACACAACCAAGUCAGAUGCAAACGCAAACACAACCUCAGCAAACUGCAUCGUUGUCGCAAAUGAAUAGCAAUCUCAUUUCUACGACUCCCACGCGGUGUGAUCCAAACGUUAAGUCGAAAUCGGGUGUUUUACGGUUUGGACAGCUCCCCUGUGAAAGUGAAAAUAAUGCGCGACUUACGCCUGUUGGCCAGGGAGGAGCAACGCCCGUAACGGUUCCCUCUGGUUCCCAGCAAGUUACUCCACAGCGGUCAUCGGCUGUUGUCGGUGUCGGUGGAAGCCUGUUACCAAUGCAACCUGCCAUUAUUGGCGCACCAGACGGCUCUAAUGUGAAAACGCAAAGCUGUCCAAAGCAGAAGAAAAAUCGUAAAUCACCAGGACCACCUGAUUUCGAUGUUUCUACAGCCAAUCGGGCGGAAGACGUCCAGAGCCCGGCUUAUAGUGAUAUUAGCGAUGACUCAACACCAGUAGUUGAUAGUAAUGAUUUAGAUAAAUCAAAGGGUCCACCACUUCCAGACACAGUGAAAAAGUCUAUUGAGAAUAUACCGGGACAGAUAGGGCCUCUAACCGGCUAUGGCAUGUAUCCUUACUAUCCGGGAAUGUCCCAUCAACAACCUUAUUUUCCUUCGGACCAUCCAGGAAAACCUGUGGGUCUAGGUCAUUCGCCACUUGGCCCUAAUUCAACAGUUGAGUACAAAACUAAAGAGCCGCCUCUCGAUCUUAUGAACAAACCAAAUCAGAAUCAGCAACAGCCACCAACGCAAACAGUGCAACAAGUGCAACCACAGUCGCAGCAACUGCAAUCUGGUGAAAGCGGUACUCUACCUAGUAAGGAAGGUCCGGUUGCACCAUCUGCACAUCCUGGCACGGGCAAGAUGUUGCAGCACUUUUAUCCUUAUGGUUAUAUGCCAGCAGGAUUCAGUUACAACCUAGACCCUAAUUAUGGGCCAGUAUCGAUGAUAAACGAAGAAGGCAAAUUAAGCCAGCACCAGCAGACGUCUAAUCAAAUCAAGGAGGAAAGGAUGAAAGAAAGCCCUAGUCCCAACGAUUAUGCGAAAAUUGGACCACAGAUGGUGCCGGCCAAAUUAAUCAAAUCGGAGCCAAUCACGGUGAAGGAUAUUAAGACUGAAAGUGGACAUGCGUUACAUCCCAAGGAUCAAUCUCCAGCUGGCCAACAGCAACAGCAGGGGCAGUCAUCUAUGAAUGCGUAUAGUGGAAUGUUUCAAAGGCACGGACUUAAUGUUGGACCACCGACGCAACAACCACAACAUAUGAAUCGUGAAGAUGAUAUAAGGCGUUUGUUCAACUACCCCGAUCAACGGCGUACGAGUACUUCGAAUAGUUCAGCGACAUCCAAUAUGAAUGCUAAGGACGAAUCACCAUCGGCAUCGCAGCUACCUGCUGGUCAUCCUCAUCAAAGUACCCUACCCAUGCACGGACAACCAGCAAAUCUACCCGCAUCGAAUACUCCACAACAGCAGCAGAAACCAAAUUCCAAAAAUGCAACUUUAUCACAGCAACAGAUGAAACAACAGAAAGACAUCAAGUCCGAAGAAAAAGAAAUGUUGAAAGUGAAGCAAGAAGGUCAAAAACCUACUAUGGAAACACAAGGACCUCCACCACCACCAACGUCUCAAUACUAUCCUCAUUCGCUAUACAUGAGCGCAACACCGUUUGGUUUUGAUCCAAACCAUCAAAUGUAUAGGAAUAUGCUAGUGCCGACCGCUUCAUAUAGUGCACCACCAUAUCACUUACAAAUACCCCGAUAUACAUCGCCUGAGGACUUAUCACGAAAUCCUAGUACAAAAGCUCUAGAUUUAUUGCAGCAUCACGCCAGUCAAUAUUAUAACUCGCAUAAAAUUCACGAGCUUAGAGAGGGUGCACUGAAAAGUCCCAACAGUAACGUUAAAGUAAGCGUAUCUAGUCCCAAUCUUUCUCAGCAACCCAGUCAAAAUCCUAACAUGUGCAUUCCUCCAUCAAAUAGUAGCAUCAAUAGUGCAGGAUUAUCAUUGCAGCAGCAACAGCAGGUUCCAUCUUCUCCGCACACACAACAACAGCAGCCAGGGGCUUCUUUGCAACCACCACAAGCAGGAGGUCCAGGUACGAAUGCUGGUCCAGGUGGUGGAUCAAGUGGUGGGCCUGAUCAUCCUAAGGAUAGUGCUGGAUCCAGUACUUUGAAUCAAAGUGCUGCGGCUACGAGCUCUGCUUCCCAACAGUCUGGUCAAGCGGGUAGUAAUGCGAGGAGCCCACCACCCCAGAGACACGUACAUACGCAUCAUCAUACUCACGUUGGCUUAGGCUACCCAAUGUUUCAAGCACCCUAUGGAGCAGCUGUGUUAGCGAGUCAGCAAGCCGCUGCAGCUGUUACUGUGAUAAGCCCAUUCCAGACUGGACCUCCAACGAAAUAGGAGAAUAUGAGUAAAAGCACGCUGGGAAUCUCCGAUUCGGCACGAACACCUUAUUUUGGGGCACUCAAUCAUGAGCAUGUUGUUCCGAGUAUUGAACCUGUUCUGGGAAGUGUAAGAUAAAACAUGCUUCGUCGGCACCAGAGAGUAGGACGAACAAAAAUAAACACGAGUAUUUUUUCCGUGCAAAUUCAAUGAUUGAGGUUUUAUCUGAAAGCGGAAAACAUUAUAAUAAGGACUAAGAAGAAAACUGUAGCUUUAGUAAUGUUAGCCUAAGAGUAGAGACAGUUUAGAAGGAAAGUAUAUAUUUUUGUACAAAAAUAAAAAUAAGAAAAAUAAAUCUGUAGGGUUUUAAUGGUAGAGCAACUUUAUGAUAAACCUUAUAGGUAGUUUUGAUUACUAGAUGUUAGUGUAUGGUUGCUGAAUAAUAUGAAUAGAAUUGUGUUUGUCCUUUUUGAUAUCGGAAGAUGACACUAAGGAUAUAAACACAACAGCAUCGUUCAGUUCAUUUUUCCCAAACCGUGAAGAAAAAGGAAAUGAUCUCAUUGUAUUGCAAAAAUAUAUGAGAAUGUCAAAGCUCGUCGUACAAUAUGUAAAUAUGAAAUAUCUAAACAAUACAUUCAGAAAUUUAAACCAAUAGUCUCUUUCUUCUUGAAUGUUCUAACGUAAUCGAUACCUUUGCGGAAACUAUCACAUUGUUACAAUUUGACGAACCAUAUUUAUUUUCUCGUAAGUUAAAUAUUUUGUAUGGUUUUUCGUCGGGGACAUUCACAACAAGAUCAUGCAACUCAUAAACGUUAAAGGUAGCUAAAUAACUGUAAGCAAAGUUUCCACACGUGAAGCGCAACUAUUACUGCUGUUUUGAACAAAACAAGAAGGUAUUAAUGGGACUGUUUGAAUAAGAAAUGAAACAUCUUGAAUAAGACUGUACAUAAUUUGAAAGUGAUUUAAAUUUCACGUUAAAAACCCAAUUACUCGAAAAGCUGCAUUAUCGACAUAUUCAUGAGUGUGGUAAAGCAUGCAUUUUUUCGACGACAUUCAACUAUUACAGUUAACGAGGAAUAAAGGAGUUCAUUAUAUUCCAGAGAUUUUAUGAAAAUGUGAUUCAUACCUCACAAGAAGUAAUUGAAUGUUCUGCAAUGAUGCGAAAAUAAAAUAAAAGGUAUCACACGUCAACCAAAUGAUGGGAAUACUUAGUAGAAAAAAAGCUAAAUGACUUCAGAUAUUUUGUGAACAUAGAAGAAAGAGCAUUGAACAAAAUGUAAACAAAGCUUUAGGUGUGAAAAAAUACGAUGGCACAUUGCUAAAUUUAUUGAAGAAGAAUAUCCCACAAUAAAUAAGCUGUAUAAAAAUAUACAGUCCUCUUUGCUUAGCACAAAAUGACAGGUAGACGAAAACUAACUUUUAAAAAAGUCUGACAAGGAAACGGACGAUUUGGCAGAGGAGAACAGCGGAGAUCCUACAUACUGACACACUUGUACAUAAAGUAAAGCAAAGAUAAUAAUAAUCAUUAAAGCUAUUAUGAGUAUAUAUAUAAAAAUACAUUCCUAGUAUUUAAACAUAUAACUACGGCGAAAAAAUACAAAAUAAACAAUCAUAAAAAUAA